UGUAAACUCCUCAUACAAAUCGUUUACCUCUGUUUCAAUCUAAUAUUGAAAGAGUAUUACCAGAAAUUCUGCGUAUCUUGGAGUAAACUCUUGUCAAUGUAGUGUUGACACUUGACGUCAUAGUCUUGUCAACUGAAUUUGUAAACAGUAUAAAUUAAUAAAUUUAACGCUAAGAUGAAAGUUAGUUGGUAGUUGACGCGAACGCUAUUACGGAACAUGAUGAAACGACUGUGAUGGCAAAGUUCACAAAGCUUAUUUGUACUGCUGUAACCUAAUUGCCAUUAUGUUAUGAGGUCGCCUGCAUCUGGGAGGAUGUUUGUUGUUCGUGCUCUGGAGAAGCUACAGUCGGAGAGGGAAAUAAGGAAAUCCCAUCAUUCUCAGCUAGUGAAAGCUGUUGAACAAACAUUAGAGGAUGUCAAGAAGGCCCUGGGGAGUGAUGUUUCCAUUUCAGGAGCUGGUAGCUCAGCUCUCCCACUUCCACGUUCUGAUGCUCCUGCGUUUGAUGUUGAGAAAUACUUCUUGCCAUUUGAGCUGGCAUGUCAGUCCAAAAGCCCCCGGAUGGUUGUUACUGCCCUAGACUGCAUCCAGAAACUCAUAGCCUACGGCCAUUUGACUGGGAAUUGUCCUGACCAAAACGAUCCAAAUAAACGCCUCAUUGACCACAUAGUAGAGACUAUAUGCAACUGCUUCCUAGGGCCCAACACUGACAAGGAUGUAGAAAUUCAAAUUAUCAAGGCGGUGCUGACAGUGCUGACCUCGCAGUAUGUAAGUGUGCACGCGGGGACAGUCUUGGUAGCAGUGCGCACGUGCUACAGCAUCCACCUUGCAUCAAGGGACCUCACCAACCAAGUCACUGCCAAGGCCGCCCUCACGCAGAUGAUCAACAUUAUCUUUGCCAGGAUGGAGGCUCAGGCUGCUGAAGAAGCAAGUGAAGAAUUUCGGGAGCAGACGCAGAGCAAUGCCAGUUGCUGUGCCAAGACUGCAUGCUCCAGUGAACAGCCCAGCACUGCUGACAUGUGUAAUAACCUACCCCAAGAUACAAGACCACUUGGAGGUCCCGUUGACAGCAGCAUAAUAGUGUCCCCCGCUAAGGACACUUUGCAAAGCAAACUGUCAGCUGCAAAUGAGCAACAACACGAACCUGAAAUCAAAAGACACUCGGUCAGCACACCUGACGAAAUUAGCGCAUCUCCAGACUUGUUGAAUAGUAGAGGUAAACUGGAAAAUAGUAGACCUGAAGAAGAAAGCUCAUCCCCGGAUAAUAAUUUGAUCAAAAGCAGUCCUGAAAAGCAAGCUUCGUGUCUUGAAAUGAAGGCUGCGCCACAGAAGAGCAGCCCUGAUGUUAACGAGGACAACAAAGGCGGCGUAGACGUGUUGCCAGCACGGGAGGAGGGCGAGGGCGGGGAGGGCUGCCCCGACACCAGGACUGAAGGGGACGGCGCCAGCGUCACCGACAUCGCGCUCCUCGAUGCUGCCGAUCAGGUGGCAGUGCCGGCUGAAGAAAUGUUCAAGAGCAGUGAACCUCCUCCUGGUGCUGCCCCCACUGACUCGUCACAAAGCCCUGACAUCAGCACAGACGCUGACGAAUCUCCUGAAGCCGUCGCUGCUGUGGUGAUGGGCGAGAUUCUCGAGAACGUUUGCGCUGCCACUGACGCCCGCUCAUGUGCCGACAACGACGUAAGGGCAUUACCUGCAGCUGCUGAGAACGCUGCUGCCAGAAGCCCUGACGUCGGUGACAGAGAAGCCAAGCCUGUCGAGACGCCUUCUAGUUCUGCGACCGUCACUCGGAUACCCUCUCAGGAGAGUUUAGCAGCUGUAAAUGCAGUCGAAAAUGAGGGAAAGCUGAGUCAUGUGUUGCAGAAAGAUGCUUUCUUGGUCUUCAGAUCACUUUGCAAACUCUCCAUGAAACCUUUACCUGAAGCUCCUGAUCCAAAAUCCCACGAACUGCGCUCGAAGAUCCUGUCGCUGGAGAUGCUGCUGUCGAUCGUCCAGAACGCAGGUCCCGUGUUCCGCAGCCACGACACCUUCAGCACGGCGGUGAAGCAGUACCUCUGUGUUGCCCUCAGCAAGAACGGCGUGUCCCCAAUACCUGAGGUCUUCCAUCUCAGCCUCGCCCUUUUUGUGGCGCUCCUGUCCAACUUCAAGGCGCACCUCAAGAUGCAAAUUGAGGUGUUCUUCAAGGAGAUUUUCCUGAACAUCCUGGAGGCGGGCAGCUCGAGCUUCCAGCACAAGUGGAUGGUGAUUCAGGCCCUGACGAGGAUCUGUGCAGAUGCUCAGAGCGUCGUCGACAUUUACGUUAAUUACGACUGCGAUCUCAGUGCUGCUAACAUCUUUGAGCGUUUGAUCAACGACCUGAGCAAGAUAGCGCAGGGAGGACAGCCCGGGGAGUACGGCACGAGUGCUGCAGGCCAGGAGCAGAGCAUGCGACUCAAGGGCCUCGAGUGUCUUGUGUCAACGCUCAAGUGCAUGGUCGAGUGGUCCAAAGACCUCUACAUCAACCCCAACACCCUCUCCAACCUCAGCCAAGAAAAAGUCGGUUCUGACGGAGGCGCCGACGAGGCCCUGAGUGGAGGACGGGCGUCCCCUCGACUGCCCAUGGCGCGGCACGGCUCCCACGGCUCCUUGAACACUGGGGGCGCCGCCCCUGCAACUGAUGUUGCUGCUGCUACGGCGCCUUCGUCAGGAAUUGGAGUGGACAACCCAGAGCAGUUCCAGAGCCUCAAACAAAAGAAGGAGCUUUGGGAGCAGGGAAUAUUGAUGUUCAAGCGCAAGCCGGCUCACGGGCUGUCGUUCUUACAAUCCCACGGACUGCUGGGCACGACGGCCGUGGACGUGGCGCGCUUCUUCCAUGAGGAUGACCGCCUCGACAAGACGCAAGUGGGCGACUACCUCGGCGACCCCGACCCUUUCAACAGAGAAGUGAUGAGCGCAUACGUUGACCUGAUAGACUUCGGCGACCGGGAGUUUGUUCCAGCGUUACGGCUAUUCCUGGAAGGGUUCCGGCUGCCUGGCGAGGCGCAGAAAAUUGACAGACUCAUGGAGAAAUUUGCCUCUCGGUACUGCGAGUGCUACAGCCAGCCUGGCCUGUUCGCUAGUGCCGACACUGCAUACGUGCUUGCUUACUCCAUCAUCAUGCUCACCACGGACCUCCACAGCAACCAAGUCAAGCAUAAGAUGACGAAGGAGCAAUACAUCAAAAUGAACAGAGGAAUCAACGACAGCAAAGACCUGCCACCUGAGUACCUCUCAGCGAUCUAUGACGAGAUCGCCGGCAAUGAGAUCAAAAUGAAGACCACGUCCACCAAGCUCGGCAAGAUGGCCGUGGCCAACGAGAAGAAGCGCAAGUCUUUGUUCAACUUGGAAAUGGAGAGCAUCUCGCACACCGCCAAGUCCCUCAUGGAGGCCGCAUCGCAUGUUGACAUGCCCUUCACGCUUGCUACUCAUGUCGAGCAUGUCAGGCCCAUGUUCAAGCUGUCAUGGGCGUGCUUUCUUGCGGCGUUCUCUGUGGGGCUGCAGGAAGGGGACGACGCGGAGGUGGCAGCGCUGUGUCUCGACGGACUCAGAUGUGCCAUCAGGAUUGCCUGUGUCUUCCAUAUGGAGACGGAGCGCGACGCGUUCGUGCAGUGCCUGGCGAGGUUCACGCUGCUCACAGCCAACUCUCCGCUCACGGAGAUGAAGGCCAAAAACGUCGACUGCAUCAAGACUCUCAUCACCGUCGCCCACACUGAUGGGAACUACCUGGGUAAGUCGUGGCUGGAGAUCCUAAAAUGCAUCAGUCAGCUGGAGCUGGCGCAGCUGAUCGGCACCGGCGUCAAGCCCCAGUACAUCAGACACGCCGGCCUCAAGAUGACCAACGACUCUUCUAAUUUCCUGGACUCAUUUCCUGAAUUCAUUAGCGGGGAACAAAAGAAGUUGGCGCACAUCAAGGAGAGCAUGGGCGAGACGUCGUCGCAGAGCGUCGUGGUCGCCGUCGACAGAAUAUUCACGGGCUCGACGCGCCUCGACGGCGACGCUGUCGUGCACUUCGUCACCGCCCUCUGUCAGGUUUCAUUGGACGAGUUGUCGGCGGCCACACCGCGGAUGUUCUCCCUGCAGAAGAUCGUCGAGAUCAGCUACUACAACAUGGGCAGGAUCAGGCUGCAGUGGUCUAGGAUAUGGGAGGUUCUGGGUGGACACUUCAACAAAGUUGGCUGCAAUCCUAACGAAGACAUCGCCGUCUUCGCGGUGGAUUCUUUACGCCAGCUUGCAAUGAAGUUCAUUGAGAAAGGAGAGUUCUCCAACUUCAGGUUCCAGAAAGAGUUUUUGAGACCCUUCGAGCACAUCAUGAAACGAAACCGGUCUCUGAUGAUCAAAGACAUGGUAGUGCGCUGCAUCACUCAGAUGGUCAACUCGCAAGCCAGCAACGUCAAGUCUGGCUGGAAGAACAUCUUUAGUGUCUUUCAUCUCGCCGCGUCCGAUAAUGACGAAAAUAUCGUCGAGAUGGCCUUUGACACCACCAAAGAGAUUAUUUGUCAAAUCUAUCAGAAGCAUUUCAUCACUGUAAUCGAUUCAUUCCAAGACUCAGUGAAGUGCCUCAGCGAAUUUGCCUGCAAUGCUGGCUUCCCCGACACCAGUAUGGAGGCUAUCGCGCUCAUCAGAGAUUGUGCCAAAUAUGUUCAUGAGAAACCACAGAUGUUCCGGGAGCACAACCUGGAGGACCUGUCAGUGACGGAGCAUGACCGCGUGUGGGUGCGUGGAUGGUUCCCUAUCUUGUUCGAGCUGAGCUGCAUCAUCACGCGCUGCAAGCUUGACGUGCGCACCAGGGCUCUCACCGUGCUCUUCGAGGUGGUGAAGAAUUACGGCGAGAGUUUCAGCCCUCACUGGUGGAAGGACUUAUUCCAAAUCAUAUUCCGCAUUUUCGAUAACAUGAAACUACCAGAACAACAGACCGAGAGCGCCGCGGCCUACAGCGAGAUGCAGCUCGAGAAGGCGGAAUGGAUGACGACGACGUGCAACCACGCUCUGUACGCCAUCGUGGACGUGUUCACGCAAUACUUCGACGUGCUCAGUCCCAUUCUGCUCAAAGAGCUCUACGCGCAGCUGCAGUGGUGCGUUCAACAAGACAACGAACAGCUGGCGCGGUCAGGCACCAACUGCCUCGAGAAUUUGGUGAUCAGCAACGGCGCGUCGCUGUCCGAAGACACGUGGAACUCGACGUGCGAGUGUCUCCUGCAGAUCUUCAGGAGCACCUUGCCCCACGCGCUGCUCACGUGGCGACCCAAGCAUCCUGGCGAGCAGGUUGUUGGCAACAGCCCGCAGCCGCUUACUCGAGAAAUGCUUACACAACCGGAUUACGGCAGUACGGCUGCCAGGAUGAAGGCGAGUCUAGCGAGUCGCGAGAGUCGGGAAUUCUCAGGCCUGCUCAUACGAUGCGUGGUACAACUCGAACUCAUCCAGUGCAUCGACAACAUCGUCUUCUACCCCACGACCAGCAAGAAGGAAGAUCAACAUAACCUCGCCCUGGCCCAGGCGAGUGACGACGCGCUGGUGCUGCCGCCAGACGAAGUUCGCCUAACUAACAGCGCCAGGGAGGAAGACCGAGGCAUGUACCGCUACCUGAGCUCCCAGCAGCUCUUCACCCUCCUCGACUGUCUUAUGGCAUCGCACUCCUUCGCCAAAUCUUUCAACAGUAACCACGAACAGCGCAACUUGCUCUGGAAGGCUGGUUUCAAGGGCAGCGUCAAACCAAACCUCCUUAAGCAAGAGACACAAUCGCUGGCCUGCGCUCUUAGAAUUCUCUUCAAAAUGCUGAGCGACACCGCCAGAGAAGCCGAUUGGCCGCAGGUACAAGAGCGUCUCAUCGCCGUGUGUCGAUCGGGCUUGGAAUACUUCCUAGCGUUGCCCGAAAGUCACCGCGAGGCUUGGUCCAGCUUGCUGCUGCUCUUCCUCACGAACAUCCAUAAGAUGCCUCAUGAACAGUUCCAAGCUCACGCAUCGAACUACUACCCGUUCUUGUGUGAAAUUAUGUGCUUCAAUUUAACCCCCGAGUUGAGAGCGGUGCUCCGUCGCUUUUUCCUGCGUAUUGGUAUCGUCUUCAACAUCACACAUCCAAGCAUCAAGCACCGCAACUCGACCUCAUCUCUUGCUUCGAAUGCGAGCGCAAGCGUCGUGAACGACCGCGAGUUCUCUGCGGUGCACACUUCGGUGAAUAAUAAAAGUAAUGCCUUUUCUAAACAAACUGUUGAUACCAUCGGCAAUACCGUACGUAAGGAUGUAGCUGGGGUUGUAGGAAAUGGAUGCAUUGACAACGAAGUGUUUCACGAAGAUGUUAAUGGUGUAAAACACAAGGUAGAAUCCACAAAAAUUACACAAACAGGGACGUAAUUGCCUCGUUAGUUUUUAGUUUUCAACAAUUCCUGUAUAAGAUUUCGAACAUAGAUAGCGGAUAAUUUUUUUUUGGUAAUUUGAUUCUUGUUUUUAUAAUGCAGCCCAAAUUAUUACCAAAAGGUACUCAAUAGAUUUGACGCCAAAAAUUAUAAACUUGGUACGUGUACCAAGCAAAAGCUUGAUCGGGUUAUUCAUUUAGAAUAGAAUGCCGGUAUAUUUCUUUUGAAUUGUGGUAAAUCUUCGGAAGAAUACAAGCAAAUUAAUUGCUUACAUGAAAGUCAAAGAACAAUAGCAACAUCUGCAAACAAAACUUUAAUAUCGCAACGCAUAUUUUUUGUAUUAACUGUAUAUUGGUAUUUUAUUUCGAAGUAUAUGAUGAAUACAUUUAAGUGUACCGUUAUUUGCAUUAUUUACUAUGAAAUUAGUUCAUAUACGAAGCGUAUUUAGAUGCAUAUGCAGCAAAUGGAGGAUAUAAUGAAAUCAGUUUCUCGAUCGUGCCUAUAUGCAGUUUCCAUAAGUUGGAACACUGACGUUCACAGUGGUCAGUGUUGAAGCAAUUUGAACCUGGUGCAAUGUAUGUGUCUAUAUAUUUUCGAAUUAUUUCAUUGAAAAGCUCAUGUAUUUAUAGAUGGUUUUUAUGCGCUCUCGAGUUCUCUUACGAGAUUCGCGGUAACCGUUCUGCCUCACACGUCCAGUUCUGGAUUAUAUUGUAUAUUGGAACCUAAUUUGAAUAAAUUGUUUUUUGUG